UUAGCUCUGAGAGUAACUACCUUCCCUUCCUGUAUCCUACUGACUACACGCGUAUAACAAUGAAUGACUAUUCUUUUGACAAGAUUUUGCUACCAUCGCUACUUAAAUUUGGAUCACGAUGCUACAGCUGUGCAAAGAUUACUACUGAUGGAUAUGUUGCCUUUGGCUACUUCUAUCACUCCAAGUUUUCGUACAUUGCUCCAUAUCGAGAUGGAACAGAUCUAAAUAAAGGAGGGGAGGUUCGCUUUGCUACAAUCCUUCCUUCAAAGGAUCCCUCAAUCUUCAGACAAGUCAAUAGCUACUUGUCUAAUACAACUGGCAGUAGUGUAUCUGCAGAAUGGAUACUGUGGACUGAAUGGUAUGAAAUAUGCCCUUCUAUCAAUCAAAGUUGUCACUCUAAUCAGACUAAUCAUUUUCAAGUUGUAUUAGCUUAUCAAAGUAAUGCCACAUAUGCUGUGUUUAUAUACAAGUGUGGACUCAUACGAUGGACAAAAUAUAGAGCUUUUGUUGGUAUUUUUAAUCACUUCAAUACAUAUAAUAAUUCAGGAUACACUAGCGUCCAUCCAUUAUCUAAUACUGAUAAUGUUACUAACAUAGACUGCUAUGACGUAGUAUCAGGAUGGACUAAUAUUGUAUACAGACUAGAUCAAGGCCAGCUAGUUUUAAAAGGAUUCAGAAUUGUAUCUAUAACAUAUGAUAGCAUUAUUGUGUCAUGGGAAGUUUAUCCAAAUGAUAACACCAUACUAUCCUUGAAUGUCGCUGAUUCCCAGCAAACAGUUAACAAGACGAUUAAUGUUGCUGGAUACAAUAAUGUGUAUACUCAUAAUGGGGAGGUUUAUAUGUGCAAUGUUUAUACUUUCAAGUUGACUCUACCAACAGAAAAAACUGGAUGUAAUGAAAACAUUAAAGUCAUAUCAAUAGCAUUGACACCAAAACCUGAAAAUGUAUCUGCAUUAUAUCUAACCAAUGAAACAUUAACAAUAAGAUUUCAAAUACAACAGUGCUUUAUAAAUAAAGUGCAAUUGAUUCUGUUUGAAGCUAAUGGACACAUUAAUACAUCAGAUCCAUUGGAUAUUAACAGUCUUCAAUACAUUGAUGAGUUUUAUAUUAUACACUGGAAUAUAAAACUAAAUGAUCAUUCAUUGUAUUACCUAACAGUAUCAGCAAUUGGUACAUAUGGAACUAGUACUUCUGAUCAUGUAACUAAAAUAAAUACAUAUAAUGUGAAGGAUAUAAUAAUAAAGAGGAAUGAAAAUAUUGUCUGUUUUACUUGUGUUACUGAAGUGUUCAAUGAAUGUCAAUUGAUGAUAACAACACUGAUACCACAAUCAAUACAAACUAAUGGAACAUGUUAUUCAUUUACUGAUAAUGAAACAUACACUGUAUAUGCACAUGAUAUUGAGAAUGGAAUAAAGAUACUGACACCAGCAAUAGUUAUUGAAUACAUAGUUGACUGGAUUAAACCAGUUUUACCAUUAAUACCAUCACACACAGAGACAACAUCUUCUGCUGUUAAAAGUUUGAACAUCACUAAUGAAGACAGCGAAAGUAGUAAUUAUAUAAAUCAGUCAUACACUAGUGUAAUUCUUGGUGGUCUAUUUGCAUUCUCAACAUGUAUGGUGCUCAUUUUAUUGAUAGUAUUGUUGGUAAUACUCAGAAAAAAAGUAGGCAACAAUACUAAGUCACAAGACAUAUAUGACACUCCUAUCAAAAGUGAAGCAAAUUCAGCACAUCAAAUGAAGGGGCUAAAUAGUGAAAUAGCAACAUCUCAAAACUGCUCCUACAGUGGUACCACUAAUAUUUGUGAUACACCAAUAUAUGAUGAUAUAGCAUAAGAAGUCCCACCAUCAGGCACAUCUACAAUGUAGUUUUUUUUUCAUGAAAUCAGUCUAUACUAUACAAGUUUAUUAAUGUGUAUGGGU